GGCUAGGGGAGGGGCAGGCAGGUAGGUGCCUUUCCCCAGGGAUCCGCGCUCUGGAAGGUCUCUACUAGCCAGGCCCCGCUGGAGACGUGUCCACUAGGCGGGCUGUGCAGACCCCAGCGUCUCCCUUUGUGCCUUAUCCCUGACUUGGAAGCUAGCCUUGGACGUCUCUUCCCCCUUCGCAGCUCGGAUUCCAAGAUCCCUUCCCUCUGGGGCCGAUACCUGGAACUUGUCUUUGAAACCAGCCCUAGGUACCUUCCCUUCGGUGCCUGGUGUCUCUCCCCAGGGGCCCUGGUCCUGGGCCAUGGCCCACAGGGCAGGCCUGGGGCCUGGGUGGCUGGGGGCUGUGGCCAUUCUGCUUUUUCUUGGAUUAUUCCAGUCCGGACUUGGGGCUGAUGGGGAUGAAGCUUCCUGCGGUGUGACCUUCCAAGCACGCAUCACUGGUGGUAGUGGCGCAGCCGCCGGCCAGUGGCCCUGGCAGGUCAGCAUUACCUACGAUGGCACCCACGUGUGUGGCGGUUCUCUCGUGUCUGAGCAGUGGGUGCUCUCCGCCGCUCACUGCUUCCCAAGGGAGCACCUCAGGGAAGACUAUGAAGUAAAGCUGGGGGCCCACCAGCUGGACUCCUACAGCUCUGAGGCCGAGGUCCGCACCGUGGCCCAGGUCAUCUCCCACUCCAGCUACCGCCAGGAGGGCUCCCAGGGUGACAUCGCACUCCUCCGGCUCAAUAGGCCUGUCACCUUCUCCCGCCAUAUCCGGCCCAUCUGCCUCCCUGCGGCCAACGCCUCCUUCCCCAAUGGCCUCCAGUGCACUGUCACUGGAUGGGGCCACGUGGCACCCUCAGUGAGCCUCCUGGCGCCCCGGCAGCUACAGCAACUUGAGGUGCCACUGAUCAGCCGUGAGACGUGUAAGUGUCUAUACAACAUUGGCGCCAAGCCCGAGGAGCCCCACAGCAUCCAGCAGGACAUGGUGUGUGCUGGCUACGUGAAGGGGGGCAAAGAUGCCUGCCAGGGAGACUCUGGGGGCCCACUCUCCUGCCCUGUGGGGGGCCUCUGGUACCUGGCAGGCAUCGUAAGCUGGGGGGAUGCCUGUGGGGCCCCCAACAGGCCUGGUGUGUACACUCUGACCUCCAGCUAUGCCUCCUGGAUUCACUAUCACGUGACAGAGCUCCAGCCUCAUGUGGUGCCCCAUGUGGAGGAAUCCCAGCCUGACGGCCAUCUCUGUGUCAACCAUCAGGCCUUCAGCUCAGCCCCAGUCCGGGGCUUAUUGGGGCUCAUCCUUCUGCUGCCAUUAGGCCUGACCCUGGGCCUCAUCUGCUAAGCGGGUCAUCCUGGAGCUGACCCUGCUUCCUGGACUUCCACACUGUACCCGAGGACAGACACCUGGCCCGGGAAUGGACCUGGCCCUUUCCUUACAUCUUCUGGGCCUGGGGACUGGCUGGAGCCACUCCUUCCUCCCCGGACCUGCAGGAGCCCCCUCUUCUGGGUCUGUUCUUUGGGACUACAACCCACAGUCAGGUGGUUUCCCACCUGUGGUAUUGGCUAGAACCUCUGUCCACCUUCACCUGCUGGUUGGACUCCUAUGGAGCCCCUGAGGACCCUUAAUGAUGAAAAUGAGCCCUGAUUCCCCGCUUUGUUUCCAGAAGACGGGGCACCUGCCUAGCCAGUUGCUGCCGGAGGGCCGGCUCCAGCACCCAGAGCACUCCAUCUGCCUGACGAGCCCCGUCACUUCCCCCUCUUGUCUCCUGAGCUGGGGGUGCCUCUGGGCGGCAUGUUCUCAAGAACAAAAAAGGCCCUAAUCUUGCCCCAUCGGCUGCCAUGCCCUCCUUGAACCUCGACUUCUAGACUCCGGAGGAC